AUGUCCUUCACGCUUACUGUCCGCCAGGGCCCUGCGCGUCUUGCGCAGAGGCUUCCUGAGCUUUCAAAGACCGCUUUCCGCAAUACUGCAUCCGCCCGAAGCUUCCACGUCCAGGCUAAGCCUACUGCCAACUUCUUCACCUCACGCCUCACAUCCGCUGCUACACGCAAUACUUUCCAGCGAACAAGCCGCGCCGGCGGUCGAUCUUACCACCAGGAGGCUGCCCGCGUGGCAGCGCCUCAGUCAACAAGUCGAAGACUUUUGGUUGGAGGUGCCAUCUUCGGUGGUACACUUGUCGCCAUCAAUGCCGUCUUCAACCGUGAAACCCGUGAGGAUGGUGGCAUGCCCAUCUACGAGCGCGAAUACCUGAACAACACCUUCUUGCACACCGGUCUCGGAAUUGGUAUCAUUGGAUUGACGGCUCGACAAAUGGUUCAGACUGGUUUCGUUUACCGAAUUAUGGUGACCAACCCUUGGGUUGUCGGUAUUGGUGGCCUCGCUCUCAGCUUCGCUACCAUGAUUGGAACUCGAUCUAUCAGCCCUGAUAACUAUAUCCCCAAGUACGCUCUCUGGACCGCCUUUAACGCCACCCAGGCAGCUUUUGUCGCCCCUCUCCUCGCCUUCGUUCCUCCUGCUAUCCUGGGUCGUGCUGGUCUCUACACCAUUGCCAUGAUGGGUGGUCUUGCUCUUGUCGGUGCCACUGCCAAGCAGGAGAAGUACCUCUACAUUGGUGGUCCUCUCCUGGCUGGUGCUGCCAUUGUUGCCGCCUCUGGUCUUGCCCCUCUUGUCCUUCCUGCCACUGCUCUCCGAACUAUCGCUUUCACUGAGAGCAUCUGGCUCUACGGUGGUCUUGCUGUCUUCGGUGGCUUCACCCUCUACGAUGUCCAGAAGGUCCUACACCACGCCCGUCUCGCCCAGGCUGGUGUCAUGCGCCGUGACCCCGUCAACGAGAGUAUCUCUCUCGAGCUUGACUUCCUUAACAUCUUCAUCCGCAUGGUGCAGAUCUUAAUGAUGCAGCAGAACCGACGCAAGUAA